AUGCUCCGCGGGGCACCAAACCGGCGGUCAUUCUAUGUCCUCCUGGCGGUCAACUACGUGGCUCUCUUCGUCGGCACCCUCGCCUCUACCCUCCUCUCCCGGUUCUACUUCGCCCAUGGCGGUUCGAACCGGUGGGUCGCCACCUUGGUCCAGUCGGCCGGCUUCCCUCUCCUUCUCGUCCCUAUCUAUCUCUCUCCGUCUUCUUCUUCUUCUUCUUCCCCCUUCUUUCGCUUCACUCCUCGCCUUUUUGCUCUCUGUCUCUUUGUUGGCCUGCUCUUGGGUGUCAACAAUCUCCUCAUCUCCUGGGGCGUAUCGUACCUCCCGGUGUCCACAUCUUCUCUAAUUCUCUCGUCCCAGCUGGCCUUCAUUCUUGUCCUCUCCGCUCUUCUCGUUCGCCAACCUCUGACCUUCUCGAAUCUCAACUGCGUCGUCCUUCUUACGCUCGCCUCCGUCCUCCUCGCAAUCGGCUCCAACUCCGACCGGCCCCCGGGAGUCUCCCGCGGCCGCUUCUUCCUCGGGUUCGCCGCCACCCUCGGCGCCGCCUGCCUCUUCGCCCUCUAUCUCCCGAUCAUGGAGUUGGUGUACAGAAAGGUGGAUGGGUACCGGCUGGUGAUGGAGGUGCAGGUGGUGAUGCAGGUGGCGGCGACGGCGCUGGCGGCGGUGGGGAUGGCGGCGGACGGUGGGUGGAGGGUGGAGGAGAGUUGGGAUUUGGGGAAGGCCGGGUAUUGGGUGACGAUCGUGGCGACGGUGGUGACCUGGCAGAUGUGCUUCAUGGGGACGGCCGGCAUGGUUUUCUUGACCUCGUCGCUCCAUAGCGGGGUCUGCAUGACGGCGCUGCUGGCGGUGAACGUUGUCGGCGGAGUGGUAGCGUUCGGCGACGUGUUUGGCGGGCAGAAGGCGGUGGCGCUGGCAUUGUGUUUGUGGGGCUUCUCUUCCUAUCUAUAUGGGGAGUAUAAGAAGAAGAAGAAAGAGGAAGAGGCCCGGGAGGAGGAGGAGGAGGAGGAGGAGGUGGUACUGGUGGAAGGAAAGAAUGAGAUCGAGAGGUCGGGCGCCAGGAGUAGUAGUGACGGGGGGUGUAACUUGUGA